UUCCCCCACCGCCUCUUAACGUGCUGGUGGGGAACUUUCCUCCGCGGGGGCGAGCGGCUUCCUCCAGCCCGUCGGAGCGAUGCUUCAAAACUAGAGCGAAACCUUUACAACCCGCCCCGGCUAGAGCCGAGACCUGGGGGGAGGAAGCUGAAGUCACAGGCGAGCGAACGUGCCUAGCUAGUGUCGGAGCGCGAACCCUUCCGCGGAGGUGGCAGGCUGCCGAGCCAGCCGCGCCCGCAGGCUGAUUGGCCGGACGAGUCUCCGCCGGGCGCUCCAGCCCCGUUAUCCCGAGCCGCUGGGGAGGCAUCGCGGAGAACUGGAGAAGCAGCGGUAGCGGGGGAAGCGAAGCCCGGGAGGCUGCCUCGGGCCAUGGGAGCGGGGGCUGCUUAUGCCUCCCAUGGACCUCCCGGAGUUUUGCCUGGGGUUUCCCGCGGGGCCUCGCGCUGAGUCCGAAGGCGGCUGUGGCUGGAGCCGGCCACGCGCGGUUCCCGUCGCCCCAGCGAGCCGAGCAGACCCAGGAGCCGGGGCAGAGCGGCUGCUAGAGGCGGGGGCCCGUGGCUCGCCCGCAGCCGGGCGCAGCCGCCUCCCGGGCGGGUCUGAGCCCCAGCGCCCGGCCGCUGCCCGGGGGCCCCCCCUAGGCUGCACCUGGCCGCCCCGUCGCGGCGUUCCCCGGACACCGUCCCGCACCGGCAGCCCCCGCGGGGCCGGGCUUCCCCCUCCCCGUCGGGCGCGGGCUGCGCUCCCGGACCCUCCUCCCCGGGGGGCAGCGCCGCUCUGCCGCGGAGCCGGGCUCCUCUCUCGCUCCCCAUGAACUACAGCUGCCGGGACAGCCGCACCAUCCAGGGCGGCGAGUCGGCGCUGCCCAGCUCGCUGCUCUUCGGCGCCGGGCUGCUGGGGACCCUGCUCGCCCUCGCCCUGCUGGGCCAGCAGCGGCUGCGGCGCGGGCGGCCCCCGCGGGCCUCCGCCUUCUACCUGCUGGUGAGCGGGCUGGCGGUCACCGACCUGCUGGGCAAGUGCCUGCUCAGCCCCAUGGUGCUGGCGGCCUACGCGGGCAACCGCAGCCUGAGCGAGCUGUGGCCGGGCGGCGCCGGCGGCCAGGAGGAGCCGGGCCCCCUGUGCCAGCUCUUCGCCUUCCUCAUGGCCUUCUUCGGGCUGGCGCCCACGCUGCUGCUGCUGGCCAUGGCGCUGGAGUGCUGGCUCUCGCUGGGCCACCCCUACUUCUACCGCCGCCACCUGCGGCGCCGCCGCCGCCGCGCCGCCGCCCUGCUGGCGCUGGCCGCCGCCCUGUGCGCCCUCUUCUGCGCCCUGCCGCUGCUGGGCUUCGGCCGCUACGUGCAGUACUGCCCGGGCACCUGGUGCUUCAUCCGCAUGGCCGGCCACAGCGCCCCCGAGCGGGGCUACUCCGUGCUCUACGCCAGCCUGCUGGGCGCGCUGGUCCUGGCCAUCGGGCUCUGCAACCUGGCCAGCAUGCGCAGCCUCUACCGCAUGGCCCGCCGGCCCCACCGCCGCAGCGGGCCCCCCGCCGCCCGGGACCCCGCCGCCCCGCGCAUGGAGGAGCUGGACCACCUCGUCCUGCUAGCCCUCAUGACCGUCCUCUUCACCGUCUGCUCCCUGCCCCUCAUCGUCCGUGCUUAUGUGGGAGCAUUUGCCGCUAACUUUAAUGAAAAGGAAGAUCUUACGGCCCUGAGGUUUCUGUCUGUGAAUUCCAUCGUGGACCCCUGGGUGUUCAUCAUUUUCAGGACAUCGAUUUUUCUCAAGUUCUUUCAUAGGGUUUGCAGAAGACUGAAUUCUAAAAAAGCCACGACGCCUCGGCUUCUAUGAACUAGGCACCGAAGCUGCAGGAGUGAAGAGGUUUCUGCUUUCUUUGGUAACUUGAAUCGAAGGAAUAUUGUUCCAGUAAUUGUUUACAGAAUCAAACCGAUCACACUAAUUAUGCCAAAUGUUGUGAUUGUGACACAUGGCUCUUCUAGAAACACUGUAAGAAAAUAUAAGACUGCAUUGUGGGGAAGGUGAAGUGCCUUAGCCGCUCUGCUGUGCACAUGCUGUACGGAGAAGAAGCAUUCCUCCGUUACUGCAUUUUUGCCUUUCCUGGCACAGACUGGAACUGAAAGUUUGUGGUCAUGUGAGUAACAGUGAAUCUUACGAUGUGACAGCACUCCGCUUCCCAGAGAACUUUGUAAAAAGAAUGUGUUUGUGGUAUAAAGUGCUGCUCUCUGAUUCUUCACUCCUAUCAGAGUACAGCCCCGAUCCUGCAAGGUGGCCCCGUUGCCUUUGGGGGUUCCCAUUGAUUUCAACAGGCUGCAGGCAGACAGACGUGUCUACCCACAGGGAUCUGCUUGGAGGAUCCAGGCCUAAAUCAGGAAUCACCGAAGUCUGAUAGGGAAAAAUAAAACUCUUCAUUUUUAAAAGAAAUAAAAGCAGUGUACAGUUUCUUGUAGCUGCCUCCCCACCCCAGUAAAUUGAUCUUGUCAUCCAGUAGCCAGAUAGUAUCCAAUGCACCGUACAUACAGCGUCAGACCCAGCAGCAAUGAUUCUCUGGGCUUGUCUGCACUGUCGAGUCAGCUCCAGAUAUAACUCAAGUGCGCACACAAAAACCUCUAGCCUGAGUGCUUGAACACAAGCUAGCCGGCCAGGCAGGGGUGGGUGGGCUGACCCUCCAGCGCUGCUCCCCUUCAAGCUAGCAAAGCUAUUUUGUGCUGCUAAUACGAAGGCUCUGUGCUGCUGCAGCUCUCGCUGGGGCUAGUGGAUAAUGCUCUGCGGGGAGGAUGAGCCCUUUCUCCUGCCUUAGAUUUGCACAGAGAACUCCUGCUGGUGUUAGAGACAAGGGGAGUUCUUUGGGCAGAACUCCUGCAGUACCCAGCCCCAAUGGAACCUGCAGAGAUCUACCCCACCAGCAUAUCAGGGCGGGAAGGGACCUCAGGAGGUCAUCUAAUCCACCCCCCUGCUCAAAGCAGAACCAAUCCCCAGACAGAUUUUUACCCCAGUUCCCUAAAUGGUCCCCCUCAAGGAUUGAGCUCACAACCCUGGGUUUAGCAGGCCACUGCUCAAACCACUGAGCUAUCUCUCCCCUCCCAACUUUACUCCUCUGAGUAUUCCAUGAAUAAAGUUACGCAGGGGGGUAGAUCUUUGCCAGGCUGGGUCUUAAGACAGUAAACAGGCUUGCAGUGGGGUAAUGUAUUUACAUUUAUAUACUACAACUGUUCAAGUGCUUUAACUAUUCACUGGGGACAAACAAAGGCUGAAAAAUAUAUCUUACAAAGCAACAUCAUGUUGCAUUGUACGGUUUGGUCAAUAAAUUAUUCUUUA